AUGUUCCUGGUGAAGGGGCUGCUGGGGGGCGGGGGGAGCGGGGGGGGCGGGGGGGGUCUCCCCGGAGGCAUCGGCUCUGUGCUGGGGGGGCUCCUGAGCGGAGGAGGGGGCGGCGGCGGCGGGGGGGGCGCCAUGGGCGUCCUGGGGGGCGUCAUCAGCGCCAUCAGCGAAGCAGCCGCCCACUACAACCCUGAGCCCCCCCCCCCCCGUACCCACAUCUCCACUGUGGACGCCAAUGAGAGUGAGGAAGUGCGGCAAUUCCGGCGGCUCUUCGCUCAACUCGCCGGAGAC